AAAUGACUAUCAAAAUGGCAAGCUAUUUUGGUUGGAUGGCGUUUGAUUUGCGCGAAAUUUUCUACCCAAUACUUAUCACAAAUUAUGUCAAAUCUAAAACAAUGACCAUCGUACUUCACACGUUGUGCUUGAUUAAUAAUAUAUUUAAAUUCCUACUCAUUAAUUAUAUUUGUGAAAAAGUUACCACCAAGGCAAAAGUAACAGCAGAUAUAUUAAACAGAUUAUCAUAUGUCACCUGUGAUAUUGAAGUUCGUGAAAUCAUUUCGCAAUUUUCAUUACAAAUAGUUCAUGCCCCACUUAGAUUCUAUGGAAUUGGGCUUUUCCAAUUUGGUUUUAAAUUUCUUCACGGGUUCGUCACAUCUGUUGCGACCGUUGUAAUUAUAAUAUUACAAGCACAAGGUAAAGCGGGGGUAGUUGCGUAUAGGGGCAAGUUGGUCAAAUGCAAAUAUGUAAAUAACGAAAGAAUAUAUAAGUACGUCUAUGCUUAUGUAAUGUAGCACAAAGACGAAGAUUACUGUGUCUUAAUACAAUAAUCUGUAGCCGGCUGUCAACAUGUGCUUUUUCGUUUUCGUAUAUCAAGAAUAAAUUAUUAGAUAAGUAUUCUUUUUGAUCAUGAUAA